CCUUUAGCCUUCCUUUAUAUGCUUCUUCACAGCGCACAGUUUUAAGGCUACCUGAUCAAUUUGACUGCCAUGACAGCAUCUGGCACAGAAGCCCUCAAUCCUGUACCUGGAUGAUUGUUUCAAUUGCUUGUUGUGUUGUUAGAGAUACAGAAUGAAAUAACUAGUCAUUUCAUUAGUUAGAUUAGUUACCUUUAAAUAUAUAAAUGUGACCCUGGAGCACAAAACCAGUCAUAAGGGUAAUGUUUUUUAAAAAAAAUUGAUUUAUACAUAAUCGGAAAGCUUUCCAUUGAUGUAUGGUUUGUUAGGAUAUGAUAAUAUUUUACCGAGAUACAACUGAAAUUUGAUCAAAAUAUUGAGAAAAUCGCCUUGUCCAAAUGAAGUCCUUAGCAAUACAUAUCCACUCACAAAAAUAUAUUUUUUAUCUAUAUACGGUAGGAAAUUUACAAAACAUCUUCUUGGAACAUUAUCUUUACUUAAUAUCCUAAUGAUUUUUGGUAUAAAAGAAAAAUCGAUACACAUACACAUAUACCCGUGCCACUUAUGACUGGUUUUGUGCUCCAGGGUCACAAAUAGGAGUAUCCCAUGCAGCUGUGGGCCUCUAUCUGAAGAUCUGUGUUCCCUGUUAAAAGAGUAUUGAAAACGCACUGAACUUUUCUUUUUUUUUUUUUUUUUUUUUUUAAUCAAGGCAAACCUUACGGCAACCUUGGAAAUUAAUUAUACUUAAUGAAACGCUUUAUGUUUGAGUUAUAACGUUGUAAUAACGUCUUCGUUGUAUAUAGAUUUUUUUAUUAUUAUCAUUAAUUAUUUUUUUAUUUGUUGAGCGAAAACAUGCCGUCGUCUAUAUAUACCCUGUAGAACCGAAUUUGUGUGAAAGAAAUGCCAGUCACAGAUUCGAUUCUAGGGGAGUAUAUGGUCGAUGCAAAAACUUCGAAUAAAACUUUUUCUUAUUUGAGUGUUUGACCACUGAAUGUUUUUGCCAUGGAUGUUUUUGCACGGGCAAUGUAUGUACUUGCUUAAAUGUGCGUUGAAAAUGGCGAAGAACCACAAUAAAGAACAUCAAAUGAUACGCAUAUAAUUACAUAAUAUGAUUAUGCGGUUGAACUGUCACGAAAUGCUUUGAUCAGUCGAGUCAACCUUGCCUCUAGUUACUGUAUGGUGAUGCUGAGGGCGCUUCUACCUGUUCUGACUGAAAUAAGUCUCUUUUAACCUUUUAUAUUGUGCUUAAAUCAUACUCAAUGUGUGCCUAUAAAAUCACUCCUCUUAUAAGCAAUAUGCAAUAUUUUGCAUGAAUGUUAACAAACUUUGCCCAUCCGUGUCCUAUGUUUGCUCCCUGGUCUUACCUUCAGAACUGCCCAGCGGUUCUUCUCUUUUAUGUGGUGUUUGAUUAUUGAUUGGCACGGCGCAUUGAUGGCGAACCAGGGCGCCCUAUACAGCGAGCUGAAAGGAUGAGAAGCGCUGGAAUGAUGAGACUCCAGUAACUUCUGAGUGACCUCUACAUGACAAAGACGGUCUCCAUCAAUUGUCUGCUGGCUUUAUGUGCCUCUUUUUGUGCCUUGGACCGUUUUUUAUCUUUUGUCUUGUUUUGUUUUUUACCACUCAAAAUCCCUGGGUUGAGUUUGAUUUAGGUUAGUUGAAUAUUAAAUUACCAAAUGGGCUUCAUGCACAUAAAUGUGAUGCAAAUCCAUGUUUUUAUUAUGAUAUGAUCAAAUAGGGAUCCUCCCAUGUGGUGAUGUGCGUGACCACAUGGUCUCAAUACACAAACAGAUUUUUUUUUUUUCUUCUUACACAUGCAGACAGGGUAUUUAAUCAAUUAAAUGUUAUAUUAUAUGGUUACCAUCCUAAUUGAGAGAUAAUGUAGAGUUUGUGAAAUUCACUACUAGGUGUGCACAGCUUCUUCUCAGUUGAUGAAGUCCCUCCACCUCGAUUGGCCAAGCUGGUCACAUGGUAGCCUAACUUUAUUCAGUUGACAGCAAGUAGGAGGGCUUUAUGGAGGGAGGAAAAAAAGACAACUCGAGAAAAAUUAGUAUUUCCUACCUUCAGAAAUUAAUGGCCAUGAGUUCGUACAUGGUGAACUCCAAGUAUGUGGAUCCAAAAUUUCCUCCUUGUGAGGAAUAUUCUCAGAACAGCUAUAUACCUGAAGAGAGCCCAGGCUACUACAGUCCGUCGCAGGACACUGAUUUCCAGCAUCCCGGAAUCUAUUCACGGUCAAACUACUCUGAACAGCCCUUCAGUUGUAACACUGUCCAGGGCUCAUCGGUGCAGCCGCGGGGUCAUGUGCAGGAGCAAGCCAGCCACCCCAGCCCUUUCCCCGCACAGACAGAGCAGUGUCCUGCGGUCCAAAUAUCCGGACCGAGGACUUGUGGACAACAGCAAAACACAAAGAGCCAGAACGGGAUACCAACCAAGCAGCCUGCUGUAGUUUAUCCAUGGAUGAAGAAAGUGCACGUUACCACGGUCAACCCGGACUACACAGGACCUGAACCCAAACGUUCUCGGACAGCCUACACAAGACAGCAGGUUCUCGAACUAGAAAAGGAGUUUCAUUUUAACAGGUAUCUAACGAGACGGCGUCGCAUUGAGAUCGCGCACACCCUCUGUCUCUCCGAGCGACAGAUUAAAAUCUGGUUUCAGAACAGAAGAAUGAAAUGGAAAAAGGACCACAAACUCCCUAACACGAAAGGAAGAUCGGCGUCAGUUGGAAACCAGCAUGCACAACACGCUCAGAAGGACAGCCAGACAGAGAUCACAACUUUAUAAGUGGAUAUCUCUCUCCCUCCCUCCAGAUGUACAGAUGAACUGUAUGUAAUAGACAAUGCUUUAUUUGACAUUGCAUGGUAGCAAAUGUUGGGUACAAGUGCCAAAAACUGAGAACCAGAAGCACACACUACGACUAAAUGCAGCGUGAAAACUGCUAUGCGUUCAGAACAAAGUAUUUCAAUUUCCAGUAUUGUAACCCUUUGCAACUGAGGCAAAGAGGAUAUGAGGCAUCGAAUGAUGGUUCACGUGCCACAACGAGGUACAUCAAAACGUUAAGAAAGCUCACGCUAUUUUACACAAACUUGCCAAAAUUGUUGGAGAGCAUGGUUCUUUUUAGUGACAUUAUUCACAAUUUAAAAAAUCUCUGUAUUUUAACCUCCCCUUUACUCUUUUUUAAAAACAUUGUGGCAAGUUUACGCCUAUGGCGUGUCAAUUUAUCUUAACUUAAUCAUUAAAGAGAACUAAAGCAAAGAAAUGUCCAGCGUAUAAUAAAUUACGGAAUGUCUUAGGGGUUUUUUUUGUACUUAAGUCAAAUGGGUGCAAGUAAUAAAAAUUAAAUAAAAUUAGUUAAUGAUAAGGAAAAAAAUCGUUGCCUGGGAAAUUAUUUAUUUGUAGACUAAAAAGCUGAAGAAAUUUCCUUCCUUCCGCUUACUGUGCGCCCCUCAUUAAAGGUUUACUUUCUAAACGACUCUUUCGGUCAAGUAAUUUUUACCUUGUUCGUUUCUAAGAAUUUCGUUCUUGGUGUUUUACAAUUGUUUAUUGAAGCUUUUAAAAAUGUCAUAUUUAAUCCAGAGAAAAAUGUCUCUUUUUGACACGAAUAUUCCAUGCCUUACUUGACUAUAAAUCCCGCCCGACAUCUUUGUAAACAACAUAGCUACAAUUAAAGAACAGUAGCUUAUAUUAUAUCUGUCUUCCAGACAUUACCUGAGAUUCUUGAAAAGCAGCUUUUUAUUUUGCAUUUUAGACACGUUUAGCUCUCAAGAUGUUUGAACCUUCUAUUUAUUAAUUGUUAAAAGCUUUAUGUUCUAUGUGAACGUACUUAUCCGUUCCAUAAUUAUCAAAUUCCGUUUUAAGUUUUUAAGUUCUUAUAUAUAUAUGUAUAUAUUUCUGUAUAUUGUGCAUAUUUUCUACAGGCAUAUUUUGCAGUAACUAAAUAAAUAUUAUGCAGAGAGGUUUCACCCAAACUGCGUCAUAUUGUGUUGAAUCUAGAAACACUUGAGAUAGCAAAGACACGUUUUAUCAAGCACUUUCAUACACGUUGUUAUUUUUUUUAAAAGGGAUUGUUGUCGAAUCUGGAAAUGGUUUUCCAACAGUGAUUAAACUUAGACGCUCUGCAAUCAUUGUGGUGUCUUUGUCUCCUUAAACAAAAACACGAGGCAUACAUGCAUUGCGAAGGAGUCUUCACACUGAAAACUUCACGUUGUGAGCAUGAAAAGGUAUUUUUACAGAAGUUCAACAAAAGCCUUGCGGGCAGGUUCAUCCAGAGGACACAGUUUCUGUUGCAUUAGACGCUUUUGAGCCGCGAGCGCUGACCUCUACACUCGUGACCUGAUGGACCUUCAGCCGGUUCUCUCAGACGCUUUUUGCACACAGAUGCACCAAAAAUGUGUGUGUGUGUGUGUUCUGUAGUAAUAUUUGAUUGCCUUACAAGGUGAUUAUUUGAGUCCUACACAUUAAAAACAUGGUUAUGCUGCACCUAACAAUGUGGUAUGUUACACUAAUUGCGAUCAUGACAAAACUACAAAUCAUAAAUAAACCACCGUAUGUGUUUUGCUUCAUCAAGCAAAAUAUAUCAUGUCAAAGCUUUAUUGAUAAACCGAAAAAUAUCCAUUCAUGUAGGCAUAUAGGUUCCCCUGCUCUUAAGAGAGAAUUAUGAGCAAGCAAUACUAUGGUUAUUUAUAAAAAACAGCAGUGUUUUAUCAUUUAAAUAUUAAACAAAUUUCUCUUAGUUUGAAUUCGUUUUUGUUCCAAAAGCAUUGUCUAUCAGCACUGAAAAUGUGUGUGUUUGGUGUGUGCGUGCGUUUAGCUGCACUGUUGUGUACCUACUUAAGUAUAUUUUGGGGAUAAAUUGGUUACACUUUAUUUUAAGGUGUCUUUGUUACACUGUAAUUAUACAUUUAAGUACUGCGUAUUAUUAAGUAACUACAUGUACUUACUAUAGGGUUAGGAUUAGGGUUUGGUUUGGUUUAGGGUUAGUUGCAUGUAAUUAUGCAUAAUUUAUAGUUAUUACUAUAGUAACUACAUGUCACAUAUGUAACAAUGACACUGUAAAAUAAAGUGUUACCGAUAAAUUUGUUCCUAGAAGUGAGCUAACCUGACAAAAUCACCUAAAUCCUCCUUUUGGGGAUAUAUUCUCAUCUGAAACAAUAUAAAAGUAAAGUAAAUUAAGUUUGAGGGCUAUGAUUAGGUUAUAGUAUUCAUAACUAAGUAGUUAUGUAAAAAUAAAAUAAGUCUAUGCAAUGCUUUUGA